AUGCAGCUUCGCAAGCCUUUGGCGCUCUGUGCCGCGCUGUCCACAUCCCCUGUAGAGCUGACCUUCUUCACCUGCACUCCUGAGCCUGCAGAUACUAAGACUCUUGCUACUCGAAGGGUGAAAGCUUUCCAGCUGGUCAGCAUGUUUAGGAGAGACUUGAGACCUAAUUCAUGGUUCUUCAGCUUUCUGGUCGGUAGUCUGUCCAGGAGUCUCUUUGCCUUUGCAGCCCUUGCCAAGAAUCAGACUUCUAAAGGUUUUGCUCCUGUCACGAUUGAGACCUCCAGACACAUGUACGAAUAUGUGGCCACUGCUUUGGACUGGUGGCAUGCAGACAGAUACUGUGAACAACGCUUUGCUCAGUUGCUUUUUGAACCCCAAGACAGUGAGCAAGCUUCCUUUAGCAAACUGCUGCAGUCCCACCACAUCAGAGGUUCUGUCUGGCUAAAUGAAAGGGAUGGUGUCCUCCACAAACCAAAAUGGAGACGGGACCACAUUGUACCAGUCCUGGUAUUCAGAGACAAAACAGACACAAAAUAUGUGAAGGUGCUCUCUGACUUCCCAGCACUGCCUGCUGUCACAGCCUGCGCCCACCUCCAGUGGGACACCAGAACCCAGGAGAUUGCUACCAUCUUCUCCUAUGCUGUGCCGACUUUUUUUAACGAGUUCCAGCUCCGUGGCUUUGUCGACGAGGAAGGCUUUGUUCGAUUUGCUCUCAUAGUCCAUGGGCACCAUUCCCCAUACCUGCCCGUGUUCCGUGCUGAUGGACAGUGGCAUCACUUCUGCGUGACCUGGCAGCAGGAAAAUGGGACCUGGUCCAUCUAUGCUGAUGGUAAAAGGAGGGCGUCUGCCAGCGGUUUGUGUGCUGUGGGGCUGUCUGCCCCUCAGGCCAUCUACAGCCAGGGGACUUUCAUAAUUGGGCAGGAUCAAGAUUCCCUGGGGGGCACCUUCAGGGAAAAAGAGUCCUUCAGUGGGAACAUCACUGACUUGCACAUCUGGCAGAAAGUCCUCGGCGCGGAGCAGAUUGAGAAAGUUCGGUCGUGCUGGGUGGUAGAGCAAGACCUUGUGUUUGGGUGGAGCUCAAACGCUUUGGAGGUUGAAAGCACCGUUCAGGAGGUGACCGCACAGUUUCUUUGCCCAGGGCCUGUUGAGGAAUGCCGAGUUUUUGAAGUUGGCAGCAGUGGAUUCAGUUACGCGUCUUGUUUGCAGUCUUUGCCUUUUAUCUGUCGCUACAGAAAGGAUGCAUACUGGCAACUGAAAAAAGCUCAGCUGGAAUCCAGCCAUUCACUUAUCAGCCGUGUGAAUAUGCUUGCAGAGAGGACUGUGAUUCCUGAGGACGUCUUCACAAGUGAUGUCCAAGACAUGAACCUCUCUGUUGCUCUUGGUGCUCUUGAUGUCUUGGCAACUGUUCUGAGGAAAAGAGAGACACCCGUGCUGGAGUCGUCUGACCUUCUUGCGGUGCUUCAGUUACUACAGCAAGUUUCUGAUGUGGAAGUCCAGGAGGGAGAGGAGCUGGAGAUGUUGGAGCCGUUGGGCCAGUAUUAUGUGGAAGUGACCGAGUUAAUCUUGGAAGAGCAGAAUAUUGAAACGUGGUCAUCAGUCAGCCAGGUUAUCAGAGGGCCCAUGGCUGUUGUUGAGCUCUGCAACAGAAUGGUGUCACACUUAGCCCCACUGCUGACCGCAGGGAGGACAAAGGUCACCAUCCAGCACAGGAAUGUCGGGAUGGAGGUCAGGAAGCUGGAACUAAGCAGGCAGGAACUGGGCAGGCAGGAGCUGAGCAGCGAGGUGUACCUGGUCCAGAGCCCUGAGAAAGGCAGGCACGACCUCAUUGAAGUUCCCGCAGAAGAAGUGCAAAGACUGAAAGCCAGAGGUCUCCGCAGGGUCACGGUGAAAAACAUGUGGUUCGGCUACGGCUCCCUGCAGCGCUGCCUGUCCGGCGCUGGCAGCAGUGCUGUCUUCCAGGAUGUGGCUGCCUCUGACGGAGGACAGAAGUACCUGAGCACCACGGUGGGCACUGCUGUGAUCUCAUCCACUCUGCUCAGUGACUACCAGGAGAUUAGCACGUCUGUGCGCUACCGCCUGCAGCACCGCGUCCAGGACCUGCCCAAUAAGCCAGUGGGGCCCAUCUGUGCCUUCUGGAACUUCAGCCUCAGCCCAGAUGCUGGUGGGAUGUGGUCCACAGCCGGCUGCUCUGUGGUAACAUCUCUCCCGGACUCCACUGCCUGUUUUUGCAACCACACCACGAAUUUUGCUGUGCUGCUGCAGGUGUAUGAGAUGCAGAGGACCACCAAGGAGGAGCUCACACUGCAGACCUUGACUUUUAUUGGAUGUGGAGUUUCCUUCUGUGCCUUGAUAGUUACCUUCAUUUUAUUCUUGGCAGUUGGUGUCCCCAAGAGUGAACGAACAACUGUGCACAAGAACCUGAUCUUGGCAUUAGCUGCAGCAGAAGCUCUGCUCAUGUUCAGUGAAUUGGCCAAGACCAACCAGGUGGUGUGUUUCACGGUCACUGCCUUCCUGCAUCUCUUCUUCAUGGCAGCCUUUUCAUGGAUGCUGGUAGAGGGGCUUCUCCUGUGGAGCAAAGUGGUAGCAGUCAACAUGAGUGAAGACAGGAGAAUGAAGUUCUACUAUGUGACAGGCUGGGGCCUUCCAGUCGUUAUUGUGGGUGUGACCCUUGCUACUUCCUUUAACAAGUAUGUGGCAGACAACCAUUGCUGGCUGAACGUUCAGACCAACGUCAUCUGGGCCUUUGUUGGGCCUGUUCUCUUCAUCCUGGCCGUGAACACCUUCGUGCUGUUCCGGGUGGUGAUGGUGACUGUGUCCAGUGCUCGCAGGAGAUCAAAGAUGCUGACCCCCAACAGCAGCCUGGAGAACCAGAUUGGAAUACAGAUAUGGGCCACAGCCAAGCCCAUCCUGGUGCUGCUGCCUGUGCUGGGGCUGACCUGGGUGUGUGGGGUCCUUGUCCACCUCAGCAUCAUUUGGGCCUAUGUCUUCAUUGUGCUGAACUCCCUCCAGGGCCUGUACAUAUUCCUGGUCUAUGCAAUCUAUAACAGCGAGGUGAGGAAUGCCAUCCAGAGGAUGAAGGACAAGAAGAAAGCACUCUCAUUCACAAACUGCUCUCAUCCCAUCAACUACUUAUCAAGUCCAAGAAACACAACCUCCUGGGAGACAGGGAAACUGAGUCCUUCUGCAGCUGAGAGUGCCUUGUCGAGCCCUGUGCAGAAAGACCCUCCAGUGAAGAACAUCACCAACAAAGGAAAUUUUGGAGCCAAAAUUCCCAUGGGGAUUUCAUCAAUUAUGUCACCCGAGAGACCGGCUGUAGAGCUGACAGCGUUCAAAUCCUCAGUGUCUAAGCAGGGCAUGCUUAGACUAUUUUCGAGACGAUGCCACCCAGAAGCAUUGCAGCUUUCCUCCCCACAGUGGACACAUGAGCAAGGCAGAAACGGUGGCAUCCAGGAGUAA